UAGAAGUGAGCCCCUCAUAUGUGCCCCGCGAACACGCUAGGUUAAAGCAUACUCGGGGCCAAGGCCUCUUCGCUCUCUUCCUCCUCCGUCUUCGCCUUCAUAGACGUCUUCGCUCACUAUUAGAAACAGAGCAGACCCUUUAUUGGUAAUGUGCAGGUGCUUCAGCGUCCUCACCUCUUUGGCUGCCAUUCUCUACAUCGCCGUCAACGUCCUCUCCGCCGUCCGUUCCUUCAAGCACGCAUCUGACAUUUUUGAUAGCAUAUUCUACUAUUACGCGGUUAUCAUAGCGGCUUUCGUCGUCCUCGCCGAGACCGAAUGGUCUUUCAUACUCAAUUUCUCCAAGGCUUUGGAGUAUUGGGCCGUCAGGGGGAUGCUGCAGAUCUUGUACGCGUUCCUUUCCAUUUACUCACAAUUAUCUUAUUUACUUCCACUACUUUCUGAUUUUAACUUGCAUAUUAAAUUAUGUUCAUAGUACGUUCCUAGCAUUUUUUAAUUCAUG